AUGGCUAGUAAACCCUUUGUGGAGUCAAUUUUACAGUUAAUCAACACAUUCUUCAUCAUAUGUGGAUUAUGGACAUUGGGUUAUGGAAUAAUUUGUUUAUUGAAGUGGAAGCAAAACCCAUUGAAGGAUCCAAUUCCUAAUAGCAAUAAUGCCAAAUUGAUGAUUGUUCAUCGCCUAUUGCUUUCUGUUGAACUUUCAAAACCCUCUUUUGAUUUACUUCCUAAGGCUUGGUUUAUCUACCUCCUAAUCGGAAUUGGUGGAAUACUCCUCAUUAUCUCUUGUAGUGGAUUUUAUUGUGUGUUCUUGGCUCUACUUGUCAUAGUUGAGCUGUGGAGUGCAGCUUUCAUAUUCUUCACACACAAUUGGGAAAAGGUUAUUCCAAAAGAUACAAGUGGUAGAUUUAUCUCAGUUUAUGGCUUCAUGAAUGUCCAUUGGAGUGUCCUCAGAUGGAUUGGUCUUGGUGUUUUUGUAUUACAGGUGAUCGCUAUGCUUCUAGCAUUAUACUUGAGAUCAGUGUUCAAGCGUGAUGAUAAUGAUAAUGAUGAUAAUGAACGCAUUGUGCAUCUUCCUCGUGUUAGACCAUCCAAUAAUAAUUACAGGAUUCAUGAAAUUCCAAUAGUACCAAAGCCAAAUAUCCAACAACCUAUAAGGCCACAUAAUUAG